GGAUAUUUCGUAGCUGACCAUCAGGGAGCAAAUCGCUGGAUUGUUUAAAAAAAAAGAAAAACAUCUCAGCUGAAUCACGCUGCUCCCCCUCUUUCAUUUCUUUCCUUGUUUAAUUUCGGUGAGACAGACUGUAGCUCAUGCAGUGGCCAGCAGCAAGCAGAAUGCAAGGAAUCUGCUGUAUUCCCCAGUUUCACACAAGACGCCCAGUUCACUGCUAAAGGACAAGUGAGAGAGGCAGAUCCGGGGAGCAGUCAGGGGAGGAUCCCGGCUGCUGUGGCUGAGAGGAGGCACCGUACCGUCUUGUCCUGUUCUGCUCUGCACUUGUUGCCUGAGGUGUGUGAGCUCCUCCCUCCCUUCCACAGUGCCUUCUGUCAGUUCCAUCCCUGGGUGGCUGAGGCCAUGCUGCUGGUGCUGCAAGCCAUCUUGUCCUGCUUCUGCGCCCUGCUGCCCAGGGUGGAACCUGCUGUGUCCUUGGAGGACUUUUACCCUUUUGGUCCUGACAAGGGGGACAAGCAGACCAUCGCUCAGGAUGAUGGAGGCUCCGGUCUCCAGGAAAUCUCUGUGGCUUUCCCAUUCUUUGGUGACAAACACUCGGGACUCUACGUGAACAACAAUGGUCUUGUGUCUUUCCUGAGGGAGGUCUCUCAGUUUACACCUGUAGCUUUUCCAAUUGCUGGGGACAGAAGGGUUGUGGCACCAUUCUGGGCUGAUGUGGACAACCGUCUAGCAGGGAGUGUCUUCUACAGAGAGAGCCAGGACCCUUCCAUCUUGAGGAGGGCUUCAGGUGAUGUCAGGACAUACUUCACAGAGUUCCCUGACUUCAACGCAACAUGGGUGCUCAUUUCUACUUGGCAUCAAGUUACUUUCUUUGGAGGAAACUCCCAAACACCGGUUAAUACUUUCCAAGUGGUGCUUAUUACAGAUGGAGAGUUUUCCUUUACCAUAUUCCAGUACAAUAACAUCACCUGGACAACAGGAAGGCAUGCCACCAGUGGAGGAAACCUUGUUGGGCUGGGAGGGAUUGCAGCACAGGCAGGUUUUAACGCUGGUGAUGGACAGCGCUAUUUCAACAUCCCUAGCUCUCGCACAGCUGAUGUGGUCAGUGUAGAGGAAACAACCAAUGUAGGAUACCCAGGCAGAUGGGUCUUCAGAAUAGAUGAUGCAAAUGUGGAAGUGGGGGGCUGCAACUCUGCCUCAGUGUGUCCACACCUGCGUCCGUGCCUGAAUGGAGGCCAGUGCAUCGAUGACUGUAUUACAGGCAACCCCUCCUUCACUUGCUCCUGCUUGGCUGGAUUCACUGGCCGCUGGUGCCAAAUCAAUGUCAACGAGUGUGCUUCAAAUCCAUGCCAGAAUAGUGGGAGUUGUAAAGAUCAGAUUAAUGGUUUCAUCUGCGAGUGUCCUACUGGAUACACAGGGAUUCACUGUCAAACAGACAUUGACGAGUGUGAGGACAGGCCAUGCCUUAACAACGCGUCGUGUGUACAAGGCACUGGCCAUUUCACCUGUGUGUGUGAGCCAGGUUACACUGGGGUUCGCUGUGAGACAGACAUAAAUGAAUGUGAAUCCCAGCCAUGUCUGAAUGGAGGAGAAUGCAUCGAUCUGGUGACCAGCUUCACCUGUGCGUGUCCUGCUACAUUCACUGGAAUCUUAUGUGAAACAGAGUUGGUGAAUUCCACUGAUCCAUACAACCAAACAGCAGAAUGUCUUUGCCAGAACGGGGGCAUCUGUGUGGGCAUCAAUGGAACCUGUGAAUGCCCUUCAGGCUACACUGGAGCUGUCUGUCAGUUAGGAGUAACUCAGACCCUGUGCAGUCACAGCAGAACAUGUCCUGAUGGAAGUCCCUGUUUGGAGUAUGGAGGAACCUACCUAUGUACAUGUCAUACUGGAGUAGAGUCUGAUCAUAUGGACUUUUACCCUGUACAGCCCCAAUCGGUUUGCGACUCCUCGCCUUGUCUAAAUGGCGGGUACUGCUACGAACGAGAUGGAGGCUACACCUGCGAGUGCAGAUAUGGAUACUCUGGGAAACAUUGUGAAAAAGUUAGGCUUAAUACAUGUGCUUCAAGCCCCUGUCGUAAUGGAGGCUCUUGUAAGGAAGAGGGGGGGAGCUACAGAUGUGUGUGUCCGUACAGAUUCACUGGAAAACACUGCGAAGUGGGGAAGCCAGACCCCUGUUCCUCCACCCCCUGUCUAAAUGGUGGAACAUGUUUCCACUACUUGGGAAAGUAUAAAUGUGAAUGCGCUGAUGAAUACAGCGGAAAAGACUGUCAAAUAAGCAGGAGCUCAUUACAUCCCUCUGCAGAGCUGGGAUGUGGGCCGCCCCCACAUGUCAAACACGCGGAGGUCCAGUUCUCCUCGACAACACCAGGCUCCAUCGCUGCGUAUGUUUGUCAUUCAGGGUUCACCUCUGUGCCCAGAGCCACUCAGAGCCUUUGCGGCAUUCAGGGAGAAUGGAGCCAGCCCCCCGUUUGUAAGGAGAUUAUUGAGUGCCUAGCACAGCCUUGCCUUAAUGGCGGUUCUUGUCAAAAUAAGAUUGGGUCCUAUAAGUGUGUCUGCAAGGAUGGCUUUAGUGGAAAACGCUGUCAGAUUGAUGCAAAUGAAUGCCAGUCAGAGCCCUGCAUGAACAAGGGAACAUGUGAGGAUCAGCCUGGUUCCUACUUGUGUCACUGUCCCCAAGGCUUCAAAGGCCAAAACUGUGAAAUAGAGCAAGUUGGUUGUGAGUCCGGCCCCUGUCUGAACGGAGGCGUGUGUCGGGGUUACAGACAGUAUUAUGUGUGCACGUGUAAAGACGGUUUCUUUGGGGAGCGAUGCCAGAUGUUGGAGGACCCAUGUGUGCUGAAACCUUGUGGAACGCGUGGCAGCUGCUGGAGUGACAGGAGAGGAAACUACAAUUGUGUCUGCAAAGUAGGCCUCACAGGCAAAGACUGCGAGAAAGACCUGUUACCUCUAUCUGGGCUCCAUGUACUGCGUGUGGAGGAAAAUGAGGUGGAACUGCGCUGGGAUCAGCUAGAACAUUCCCACAGAUUGAUCAGCAUGUUUGCUGUAACCUACGCUCCCCUGGGCCACAGCAACCCCAAAACAGACUACCUGGACAAGCAGCGGUCGACUCAUGUUUUGCGUGACCUGGUUCCUGGCAUGCUGUACAACAUUUCUACUGUCUCCAUCAAACUAAAAGCCUAUGGCAACGACACAAGCCAACCUGCCACUGCACUAAUUCGCACUAGACCGCAGCGGGUAGAAAAGCUGCAGCUGGUCAAUGUGUCCUCCUCCCAGGUUUGGCUAAGCUGGCUGGUCCAGGCUGCUCAUAAUGGGGCGAUCAGUAGGGUGCAUGUGUCUCUAAUGCCUUCAGAUGGGACUGAGGGUCUCAAUGUUGCACUCAACGCAAGCAUCACUGAGCACACUUUCAGUUCAUUAGAAGCUGGUCAUAUGUAUACAGUGGAUGUUUUGACUCAAAGUGGGAUCAGACCAGAUGAGUUUCCUUCUACCAGUCACUCAGGAGGACCUCUACAAUUCUGGACAAGGCCUUAUCCCCCACAGAAUCUCUCCCUGUCUCAUGUGACCCCUAAUGCAGCACUAAUCACAUGGAGUCGCCAUCCAAGACACAUCCCAGAUGGCUAUGUGAUCAACGUAACCCGUGGUCUGACUACCAGGAGUCGCUUCCUUCCUAAUGGGAAAUUAGGAUCGUAUACGCUCCGUGAGCUGACGCCGGGACAGCACUACUAUGUGGCUCUAAUGUCUGUCAAAAACACAGGACAAGAACAGAUUCACAGCAUACCACAGCACUUAUCUUUUACUACCUUGCCAAUACAGGUCAGACAUGGAAGGAGGGAGUGGCCCACAGGAACUGGACUGGGGACCCAGACUGGACGCAUAUUUCCCACAUCUCACCCUCAAGACCUGGGUGGCACCUCUGACAUAAAGAACUCAGAGGAACUGUUCAGAUACACUGAGCUGGUUGACAGAAGGGGGAAGAUAACAACUAAGUUUUCACAUUUAACUCCAAAAGUAAUCCGACAUCGUACUAGACAUCCACCUAUCAGAUUGGAAAAGAUGGAAGAAACAACAAACAAAAUUAGCCUUGCAUUAGAGAUUGAAGAAAAAGCUUCGAGAGCACAGCCUGAGUUGCCCCAGGACUGCCGCAGUCUGUCCUGCCAGAAUGGAGGUACUUGUGUGAACGAAAGGGGCUCCAUCAUGUGCAACUGUGUGGCAGGGUUCAAGGGCACGCAGUGUGAACUGUUGUGCCAGCGAGUACCCCACCCAUGUACCCGACUCUACUCUGAAACUAAAAGCAUACCUGUCUGGGAGGGCGGAGUGUGCCACUAUCUGUACAAAAGGACAUAUAAAGUACAGCAGGACAUCUGUUACCGGGAGAUUUGUGAGCCGGUGCUGUCAAAGAAAAGUCAAACCAGAAGAACAAACAGACACCAGUAAAAGAUUUUUUUUCCCAAGCAUCUGGAUGUUGAUAGAAGAACUGUCAUUACUGUCAUCUGGAAAACCUCCUAACUUCAUUGUCGGUGUAUAUAAUCUACUUGAAGUAUCUGAUUAUGGUCAUUUUUGUGCUGAGAAUCUCUGUCAAGACCCACUGUAACAUUUCACAACCAACCAUUCACUCAUCUGAAUAUGGCUUUAAGCUUCAUCCUCAACAUUUUGUUUGCAGGAAAAGGAAGGAAUCAAAGGACAAAUGAUCCACAUUAUUUAUGAUGUUUGCUGGCUGAUAUUUCAUGCAAACACAUCCUUUAAGUAAAUUUGGAUUAGCAGGGACCUUGUAUACCUCAUUUCCAUGCUGAGACACAAGGAUAGGGUUUUAUUUGUGCUUCAGCUGCAGGUUUGUCCCUCAGGGAAAUAAUCACAGAAUACUCAGAGUCCCUCCCUUUUUUUUUUUUUAAAUGUCCUUAUGAAAUAACAGGAAAUGUACAAUGUAUUCUCACUACAGCCCAUGAACUGAUCUCUUCUGCCAAGUGUUUUCCAUGUAAAAUAUCGGACUCUGUCUCAGAAGGCAUCACUGCUCGCUACUCUGCUCUGUAAAUAGUGUUUAUAGGUCAUUUUGUAGGUGGAUAUUUUAUUAAUAAAAAUUAUAAAAUGUUA